AUGCCCUGGCAGUGUAGACACACAUUGCGCCGGUGUUUAGCAUUUGUCUAUUUGGCAUUCCUUUUAUACUCUCGUAUAUAUUUCUUAACAUAUAUAUAUGUGUUAAUAUUCUUUGCUGGUUUCAAGAUUUCGUGGUUUAAAGCUAGUAUAUAUAUUACAAGAGGUCUUAUUUCUUUCUGUCUGAGAUUGAAACACCAGGCGCGUUUUAUAUUUUUUAAAGAACCAGUACCAUCCUUUGUCACAAUGAAGCUGUCCAAUGCCACUCUUUUAUCUCUUGCAGCUACUGCUAUCGCUGCCCCAGUAGCCACUGUUACUGUUCAUGAACACGUUAGACAUACCGUCAUCGUCGAAGGUUAUGUCUACAUUGAUGGUACCACUACUUCUACCGGAUACAGAACUGUAAAUGGGCAAUCCGUCGAAACUGCUGCCCCAGCCACCGAAACUGACACGGCCGCUUUUGUUACUCAAGUUGUUGCUGCCGGUGCUGCUGCCUCUCCAUCGUCUCAAGCUGUCGCUGCUGAGUACGUCUCUGAUGAAGAUACCACCACUACUGGUGCUCCAUCCACCACAUCCACUGCUGAACAAACUACUUUGACCCCAACUCCAACCAUCGAGCAAACUGCUACCAGUACCCCAGCUACCACUACUGCAGCUACCAGUUCUUCCAGCUCUGACUCUAACCUUUCGUCCUUCGCGUCUUCAAUGUUGGAUGAGCACAAUGCUAAGAGAGCUCUACAUAAGGACACUCCAACUUUGUCCUGGUCCGAUGAAUUGGCCUCUUACGCUCAAAACUACGCUGAUGAUUACGACUGUUCAGGUUCAUUGACUCAUUCUGGUGGUCCAUACGGUGAGAAUUUGGCCAUUGGUUAUGGUACCACUGGUGCUGUCGAUGCUUGGUACAGCGAAAUCAAGGAUUACAGUUUCUCCAAUCCAGAUUAUUCCUCUAGCACCGGUCAUUUCACCCAAGUUGUUUGGAAAUCCACCACCAAGGUCGGUUGUGGUAUCAAGCAAUGUGGUGGUGUAUGGGGCGACUACAUCAUCUGUUCCUACGAUCCAGCUGGUAACAUGCUAGGUACUUUUGCCUCAAAUGUCGAGCCAUUGGCUUAA